AUGGGUUGGAAUAGACCUAAGCACCACAAUUACAAAAUCAGUUAUACGUUAACCAAAGCCUCAAAACACCAGGAAAGGGAGCAGGCAAGGUUGGAGCAGAGUGCCCCCAGCCGGGAGCAGAGAACAAGCGACGGAGAAUGUCAGACAUUCCGCGAGAGCCCGCAAGGGGACGAGCGACCACCGCUCGGCUGCGAGCGACCACCGCUCAGCCGUGAGCUCAGCGAUUCCCUCGCUGCUUCCCAACGGCCACCAGAGGGCGCGCGCCUGGCGCUGAGCCCAACCGCCGCCUCUAACCGGAAAGGACCAGACCUGGCGGGACCCCACCGCUGUUUGGGUCCAAGCCCAGCGGUGUUUGCCGUGGGUCCGGGGCCUGGAAGCGCUGGGGCGGAGCCAAGAAUGAAACUGGAAAAUGACCUUCAUUGGAAAAGUCCCAGUCCUCGGGGAGCAGAUCCCCCAUCUCUGGCAGUGCAGUGCGCCUGGGCGCUGUCUGGAACAUUCUGCAACAGUCACUCCUCUGCCCUGCAUUGGCCUUGACCACAUGACCCAGAGGCACAGGGAGAAGCCUCCCCUGGAUGCUUGGUGAGUUGACUUCAGCGGCUGAGAGUGUCUAAGGAGAGCCGGGAGCACCACACGCUUCCUGCAGAUGGUGGGGCAGAUCUGUGUGCAGGAGUGCCUGAAGGGGAUCUCCUGUGGCGCUGCCUGGUCCGGGGAGGUCACAGAGUGCUCCUCCACCCUGAGCACAAGGGGUCCCACCAAGGACAAGGACGAGAUUCAGCACCGUCGCACACAGAACAGCUACGUGGAGCCACAGGUCACUUUCCCAAAAGGGAGUCUCCAAGCCAGAAGCCAUCCCUGCAGCAUUGUCU